AUGAAAAGCCCACGUGUGAGCGUGCCGUACGCGCGAAAUCAGCUCCUCCAGCUAUGCCAACUCCCGCAGGAGCUGGAGGCCACCGCGCAGGCCGCCGUGGAGGCGAUGCGGCGAAGCUACUCGCCGUAUUCGAACUUCGCCGUCGGGGCCGCGCUGCUGCACGCCGAUCACGCGAUCACGGCGGGGUGUAAUUACGAGAACUGCACCCUACAAUCCUGCUGCGCGGAGCGGUGCGCGAUUGUGCGGGCGAACGUGGAGGGCCGGCGAACCGCCAGGGCGAUUGCGAUCUACGGCACCCCUCGUCAGGCGCCGGAGUCGUCGGAGGAGACCUCCGCAGCGGUUUUUUGCCCGCCGUGCGGGUUGUGCAGGCAGCUCCUCGUCGAGGUGGCGGACCUCUCCGGGAAUCUAGACAGCUUCGAGGUGGUGUUGGUUGCCCGCGAUCGCGAGCACGUGAAGGUGAUGCGGCUUGCGGAUCUGAUCCCGCACAAGUUCGGCCCGGCGGAUAUGGGGAUGGACAUCGCGCAGCUGCGGGAGAAUUGA